GAUAGCAUAAAUCGACCUGUUAAGCUUGGAAAGCACGACAAUAAAUGGGACACAAUGAUGUAAGAGUCUGACCUAGUCUGAUAAGUAUACACAACACCUAUAACAUGGAAUUUGCAACGACGAUGAUUCUGUUCCAAUGCUUCAUUGCAUUUGUCAUCAGUGGUUCUUCUUCUGCAGCCAAUUCUGUGAGUUUUUCCCCAUGUGCAAAAGCACCGGCAGACAUCUUAUUUGCUCUGGACGCAUCGACAAGCAUCGGUAUCAACAACUUUGGGAAAGAGAAGAACUUCGUAGUAAACUUUGUGAAUGACCUUGACAUUGGACGUAAUGACGUGCAAGUCUCUGUCGGAACAUUUUCGGAUAAUGCGCGUGGAUACUUUGAUUUGGAUACAUAUUUAGAUAAGACAAGUCUCAUCAACGCAAUUCAAAGGAUUACCUAUGAAUUUGGACAAACGCACACACAUCUUGUUUUCCAACUAGCGGAGCAGUAUAUUUUCACAAACAAAGGGGGAGACAGACCGUUUGCAACUAACAUUAUAUUUGUCCUUACUGACGGUCACUCUCAAAAUCACACGGCUACCGUCCUAGGGGCCCAGAGAUUAAAAGCUGCAGGAGUCAAGAUAUACACUAUUGGAAUCGGUAACCAGAUUGAAAGGAGUGAACUACAGGGCAUAGCCAGUGAUAAUAACCAUGUGUUUAUGGUGAACAGUUUUGCAGACUUGUCAACAAUUCAUAGCCUUGUACAGAGAGCGUACUGUGAAGGCUACUCAAGCACAACCAGCCCAACAUCAACAACCUCAACCCUAACUACUACACAGUCCACAAUUUCUCCAUCAAAAUCAACAGCACCUAGCAGUACCAAUCCAACAAGUCCACUAACCUCCAAAUCCACCAUUGCUUCUUCACCUUCUGGAACAACACAAACAAUGGGGACGAGUACAUUGUCAGCAUCUCCUACAACGACUGCAUCUGUACCUGUAUCAUCUCCAUCAACCUCCUCAUCGCCGUCCUCGACGGUCACAACGCAACAGACAACGCUGGCAUCGACAGCAUUUCCAACACCACCUCCCAUUCCUGAUGGUCCUUGUGAAGACAAAAUCUCAAACUGUGCUGGUUAUGGAGGUGACGUAUGCAAUACAUACCGGAUAUGGUCGGUUAAGAACUGUGCACGAUUUUGCCUGUUUUGUCACGAUAUUGGAACCAGUUCAACUACAACGACGUUUAAUGUUCCAUCGACAACAACACAAACCACGCCCACUCAACCACCGACAACCAGGGUCUACACGGUGUGUGAAGACAAAGUAGACGAAUGCAGUUCUUAUGGUCCUGACACGUGUUUCAAGUAUGCAUCAUGGGCUGCCGUUCAGAGUCCUAAGUUCUGUGUAUUUUGUGAACCUACCACAACUACUGGUAUUGCUACCACCACUACAGAAACCACCGCCGCCGCCACCACCAUCACCACCACCACCACUUCUCGUCCAGCCGCCACAUCCCCGCCUGUAUGUGCUGAUGUGGCAGAAAACUGUCAAGACUUCGGCCCAAUCAUCUGUUUUCAAAAUCAGACGUAUGCUGAGGCCAACUGUCGCGUAUACUGCAAUUUUUGCACACCUCCAGCAACAACUUUGAGAAUGACUGAGCCUCCAGUAUUUCAAUCGAGUACCACUCAAAAGAUUCUGACGACAAACCCUGACGUCAUUGUUAUAGGAAGAAAGAGGAACCACCCUCUGAGACGAAGACUGCUAGGGUAUAAAAACUUACGUAAAGUUUGAACUUCUCUACACGAAUUCAGGAUUAAAGGCGUUCUUUGCAUUCGACUUGCUUGUUUGUUAUAUCAAAACUCUGAUAUGUGACUUUCCCGCUGAUAACUUUCACAAGUCGUUCCGAACAGGCAGUUUGUACUUUCUAUAAAUUUUUGAUAUUAAUACUUUUGAAUACUACAUUAAAACGGUUGGUUGAUUGUA